AUGGCGCCGGUGAGCGAGCAGCUGGAGCCGCAGGGCGCGGGGGCAGACCCCGCCGCCGCGACCCCCCUGCCCGGCCCGCCGGCAGGCGAGGAGCCGCGGCGGGAGAACGGCGGCGAGUGGCGCCCCGGGAGCGGCGAGAGCGGGGCCCAGCCCCCGGCGGAGGAGGGCCCCGGCAGCCCGGGCUGCCCCGGGAGCGCUGCGGCGCCGGAGCCCCCCGAGGGCGGCUGGGGCUGGGUGGUGAUGCUGGCCGCCAUGUGGUGCAACGGCGCCGUCUUCGGCAUUCAGAACUCGUGCGGGGUCCUCUUCGUCUCCAUGCUCCGGCUCUUCGGCAGCAGCGACGACAAGCAGCUGGUCUUCAAAACAGCAUGGGUGAGCUCUCUUUCCAUGGGAAUGGUCUUCUUCUGCUCCCCAAUAGUCAGCAUAUUCACAGACCUGUUUGGCUGUCGAAAAGUAGCUGUUAUUGGAGCUGCAGUAGGGCUUGUUGGACUCCUUUCAAGUUCUUUUGUAAGCACCAUUGAGCCUCUGUAUUUCACCUACGGGAUCGUGUUUGCCUGUGGCUGCUCCUUUGCCUACCAGCCCUCCCUGGUCAUCCUCGGGCACUACUUCAAGAAGCGCCUGGGCCUGGUGAAUGGCAUCGUCACCGCGGGCAGCAGCCUGUUCACAGUGUCACUGCCCUUCCUCCUCAGGGUCCUCCUCGACUCUGUCGACCUCUUCAACACCUUGAGGGUCCUCUGCAUCCUUAUGUUUGUUCUCUUCCUGGCUGGAUUUACGUACAAACCUCUUGUUCCCAACACCAAAGACAAGGAGGGAGGAAAGAAGGGAAAAUUCAAAUUACCUCCUGCGAAAAAGAUUUGCAAUUUCUCCGUUUUCAAAGUUCUCAGCUACCGAAUCUGGGCAUUAGGGAUUCCAGCUGCACUUUUUGGAUACUUUGUGCCUUAUGUUCACUUGAUGAAUCAUGUAAAAGAGAGAUUUGGUGACAGCGUGCCAGAAGAAGUGCUUCUGCUGUGUCUGGGCAUUACUUCAGGAGUUGGCAGAUUGAUCUUUGGCAGAGUUGCAGAUUAUAUUCCUGGUGCAAAAAAAAUCUAUCUACAGGUGGCCUCAUUCUUUUUUAUUGGGCUGAUGUCUAUGAUGAUUCCACUGUGCAAUGUCUUUGGAGCUCUCGUUGCUGUCUGUCUCUUCAUGGGCCUGUUUGAUGGGUGCUUCAUUUGCAUCAUGGCUCCUAUUGCCUUCGAGCUCGUUGGGGCUCAGGACGUCUCCCAGGCCAUCGGGUUCCUGCUUGGACUCAUGUCAGUGCCUAUGACAGUUGGUCCACCCGUUGCAGGUUUGCUGCGGGACAAGCUUGGCACCUACGACGUGGCGUUUUACCUGGCUGGAGUCCCUCCCCUCAUUGGAGGAGCGAUCCUGUGCUUCAUCCCCUGGGUCCACGAGCGGCAGAAGUUGAAAGCGAGAGCAAAACCUGUUGAUGGAGAAACUACUGAGAAAAUGCUGGGAAAUGAAAGCACUUUGGUGUCGGACACGACAGAAAAGCCAGCCAAAGAACUGGAUUCUGGCUUUUGAUGCUUUUUUUUCUUUUCCCUAUACCAUCCUGACCUCCUCCUACAGAAACCAGAUUUCUACUUGUUGGCUGAAGAUACUGAAGUCUUGAACUAUUGCUCAAAUUGCAGAACUGCUACAAGAAUCUUUUAUACCAUUGAACUUUUUUGACAAGUCUUUGAAUUUGAUUUCAAGCCACAUUUUCAAGGUAUUUGAAGUUUUGUAGCUUUAGUGUGUACGUGCGUAGUGAUUCUGUGUGUGAAGAGAAUAUUUUUCUAAUCCAUCAGAACUGAUUUCUGGAAAUGUGAAAGCUGUUUUUCCUUCACUGACCCAGGGUUCUUCAAUGAUGUCUAUGAUCCAUCCUCUGCAGGCAUGCCCCGGGUGUUUAUACUGGAUAAUGUAGUAGCUCUUAUGACUGAUCUGUUUUAUUGAAGUUUAUUAUGCUGUUUACAGUCUUCUAUAAUUCUCUAUCAUGAACACAAAUAUGCAUCUUUUUGCUGAAAUGAUUGUUUCAUUAGAAAGCUAAAUUAUUAUACAACUGUUGAAACA